AUGGAUUUACAUGUCAAAUACCUAAUUGUAAUUGAUAACAUCUGGGAGGCUUCUGUAUGGGAUAUCAUUAGAUGUGCUCUUCCAGAGAACAUUAAUGGCAACAGAGUAUUAGUAACUACUCGAAUUGAGACUGUGGCUAGAGCAUGUUGUGCUAAGAACAUUGAAUGUGUUUACAAGAUGAAGGCACUUAGUGACCAAGACUCAAGAAGCUUAUUCUUCAAAAGAAUGUUUGGUCCAGAGGAAGCUUGCCCUCCAUAUUUGAUGGAAGUGUCUGCUCAAAUUUUGAAGAAAUGUGGUGGCAUUUAUCCGAGGACUACGAUUAAUAAGAAUGAUUUGGUUAGACGGUGGCUGGGAUUCUUAAAGAUCAUAGCAAGUGGUCGUCAUGUGGUGUUACCUAGUAAAAUUGGACGUCUGCAGCAACUGAAAACAUUUGAAAUAGAUGCUGCAGCAUCUAAAGGACAAUCAGAUCUGCAGCUACCAUCAGAUAUUGUUCAUUUGAGCCGUUUAUCGCAUCUGAUUGUUCCAAGCAAUGUAAUAUUGCCCAAUGGGAGCUUCCAUGCAAAGUACAGUCCCUGGUUCUCGAGGGUUCCUGGGUGGAUUGGCCAGCACCAUAGCCUCUAUGACCUGCACCUUAAUGUUCAGGAUGUGUAUGAGGAUGAUGUUGGGGUGCUCUCACAGUUGCCCUCCCUUGUCCGCCUCAAAUUGCACAUCCACAGGACUCCUAAAGAGAAGAUCAUCAUCCGUGGAAGAGGAUUCCCUAGUCUCAAGCAUUUUAAAGUUGGCUGUAUGAGGAUAUCAUACCUGACCUUCGAGGCACGGGAGAUGCCGAAGCUUGAACUGCCCAAGCUAAGAUUCAAUGCACAGGGAUGGGACAGGUACAACCAAACUGAACCAAUACAAAACCAUGGUCUAAGACCAAAGACUGCUAAGCGGACUAGCCUCAACUCCGGACUCACUUGA